AGAAAAUGAGGUGGCGAUGAGCCCAAAUUGUUUGUUGGUGUUGUGUUUCAUUCCUCUGUGGCCGGGGGGGUUGAGGGCUGUGUAGCAGUGUUAAUCAAAUCCGUCGCCCUCCUCCGUCGGCCCCAACAUUUAUUCCAUUUUUCGUUCUACGCAGCGCCCAAACAUGAUUUUGGCAUUUCACAAUCGUUUGACAGCCAAAGUGCCGGCUGCCUUGAGCUUUCUCACAAUAUGCUUCCUCAUUCUCAAUUUCCACAGGCCUUCGGAAUGGAAGGCCGGCCCCACCUUUGCGACACCCCGGAUGAAGCCCGCGCCGCUGCUGGCACAAGAAACCACCACGUCUGCCGCGUCGAGCUCGGGGCCGACUGCCGUCGCAGCACUACCACAAAGGCUGUGGUACAAACUCGGGCCUGCAGGCUUGAAGGACGACCUCAAGCCCCACGUCGACUCCUGUGUGUCCAAGAACCCCGGCUUCAAGGUCGAGUUCCUGACGGACGAAUCAGGCGACGCCUUUGUCAAGAGACACUUUGCCGCCUUGCGCCCUGACGUGGUCGCCAAUUUCCUCGCCAUUAGGAUUCCAAUCAUCAAGGCCGAUCUUCUCCGCUACCUGAUCCUGUACGAGUUCGGCGGGGUGUGGAACGACCUGGACGUCUCGUGCGAGGCACCGAUCAGCGAAUGGGUUCCCAAGCAGUACAAAGACCAAGCCAAAAUUGUUGUUGGACUGGAGUUCGAUGUGGACCAGUGGGUUCGGCAGUUCGCCAGUUGGACUAUCAUGGCGAAACCAAAAUCGCCGCACAUGAUGAUGGCCGUCCAAGAUGGUCUCGAGGGACUGGUCGCCAAGGCCAAGGAGCGCAAGGUCGGCGGGAUCCAGGACCUCAGGCUCGACAUGGUUGACGACAUUGUCGAUGUUUCGGGCCCGCGCAGGUUGACGAGGGGCAUCUUGAAGAGUCUGAGCAACACGCUGAAUGAGACCGUGGGCGACGGCGAGAUAGCCAACGUCAAAGAGCCCAGGCUGUUGGGCGACGUGCUGGUGUUGCCCGACUACGCCUUUGCGGACACGAUGAAUCAACAGCAUGGAGACAAGAAGACUGGGCGAAAACUGGUGGUGCACCAUUACGCCGGAUCCUGGAAGAAUGGAGACGGCGGUGAAAGGGCAUCAAAGGGCUGAGGUUUAAAUAACAAGUAGACCUUGAUCAAUGUAAUAUUAUUGUCUCCACGUGCUCCUUGGCCAUCCCGGCUCUGCUUUGUGGCCCGAGCCGCGCACGGUAGAGCUGUUCACCUGAUACGGUGAUGCCUGCCAGGUAGAAUCGACUCUCUCGGUGGAAUCAUCCCUUCAAUUAGCAUUGACAACAAUGAACUCAGAUAGCAGGUAGCUUCAAUCUAUUCCAGCCUCUCAAACAAUGUCAGGCCGACCA